AUGUCUAUUCUGUCGACGAUAUCCGCUGCCGCUAAAAAGUCAAAUCCACUGCUGGCUUACUCUUUGCUGCUGUUUCCGUCAACUGUGCAUACUCGACUCUGGUAUCUUAUUAGAGGGUUUUGA